AGCGAGAGUGACGUCAUAAGGCUGCGCCGCGAUUACAUAUCUGCUGUGAGUCGGCUGUAGAAACCAAUGCAAGCCUUUCGGCUGGUGUAAGUUCACAACAGAUGUAACAUCGCGUACCCGUUGCUUAAUUUAACAUACCAAUACUUUAUUUAUCAUUUCUAAACGGUGUUUUGUGCGAGUAAAGAGCAUCUACGCGAGGAAUAGAAGAGCCGCGUCUCAUGUUACUAUUUAUAUCGUCAAUCAGUUCAUCAGAAACACGAAUUCAGUCACUGACAAACAGAGACGAGAGAAACGGAGCUUUUACAGAAACUACAGAAAUUCCGAGUCAAUUGAAUCAAAUGAUUCAAUUGACUCGUUUGAAUCACCCCUGUCGACUUCUUCUGGCCAAACAGAGAAAAGAGGAGCGACUGAUUUAUUUACUGUUAUAAAGAUGGCGUUUAUUAAAGAGGAGAGUGAAGACAUCAAGAUUGAAGAAACAUUCACAGUCAAACAUGAAGAGACUGAAGAAGCUUUCAGAGUCAAACAUGAAGAUCCUGAGCAACAAACAGAUCUGAUGCCACUGAAAGAGGAGAGUGAAGAAGUUAAUGAAAUGAAAGGGGAACCUCAAUAUGAAAAUCAGAAUUUCAUAGCUGAAGGAAAAUAUUUUAGUUGCUCGAAUAAUGAAAAGACUUUAUCAAUAAAAAGAGCUCAAGACACUGGAAGUCAACAAUGUGAUAAGACUAUCAGCAACAAAAUAAACCAUGAAAGAUGUGUUAAAUCUCGGAAAGGAAAGAAGUCCUACACAUGCUCCCUGUGUGGAAAGAGUUUUAAACAUACAGGACACUUUAAAGAUCACAUGAGAAUUCACACUGGAGAAAAACCUUUCACUUGCCAACAGUGUGGAAAAAGCUUCAGUCGCAAAAUAACCCUUCAAAGACAUGUUAAAAUUCACAACGAAGAGAAGCCGUACAUGUGCCAUCAGUGUGGAAAGAGUUUCAUUCAAAAAGGAUACCUUAAAGUCCACAUGAAAGUUCACACUGGAGAGAAACCCUACACUUGCCCACAGUGUGGAAGGGGUUUCAUUCAAAAAGGGAACUACAGAGUGCACAUGAGAAUUCACUCAGAAGAAAAACAGCACACUUGCCCUCAUUGCGGAAAGAGUUUCAACCAGGCAGGACACCUUCGGGACCACAUUAGAACUCACACUGGAGAGAAACCCUACACAUGCCCUCUCUGUGGAAAGAGUUUCAUUCAAAAAGGGAACUACAGAGUGCACAUGAGAAUUCACUCAGAAGAAAAACAGAAUACUUGCCCUCAGUGCGGAAAGAGUUUCAAUCAGACAGGACACCUUCGAGACCACAUUAGAACUCACACCGGAGAGAAACCCUACACUUGCGCUCAGUGUGGAAAGGGUUUCAAUCAAAAAAGUCACUAUACAGUCCACAUGAGAAUUCACUCUGAAGAAAAACCCUACAAUUGCGCUCAAUGUGGAAAGAGCUUCAAUCAAAAGGUACAUUAUACAGCCCACAUGAGAAUUCACUCUGGAGAAAAGCCCUACACAUGCCCUCAGUGUGGAAAGGGCUUUAGCUGUAAAUUGACCUAUAACAGACAUAUUGGUAGUCACAAUGCAGUAAAGACUUAAUGUGGGACACACCGUGCAGUUGGACCGUCGAUGAGGGUCUGUAGUGCCAGUGUGUUUGGUGUGUUCUAGAUGUUGCAAAACACUCUCGUUUCAGUCUGCUGCCAUCUCUUUCAUGUGUUCAUGUGCAGCUUUUCUGUCCAGGUAGGAUCAGAAGAGUAAAAGACUCUUGAAUUUUGGGACUUGGUCCAACACCUGAGACACUGAUAUUUGUUAUUUUCUCAGGUCAGCAGGUGUGUUAGAUGGCUGCCGAUCUCUGUCCAAGAUGAUUUAAAGACUAGAGGCUUUUCUCCAGAUGGCCAACAGUUCACAACUUUUCUCCAAGAUUGUUUCUAGUUCAGAGAGUUUGUCCAAAAUGUUGAAUAACCUAGAUCAGGGAUGUGUAACUUCAGUCUUGGAGAGCCAUUGUCCUGCAGAGUUUACAUCUCAACAUCUGGGUUCUUUUACCUGUCCUCCAUUCUUACUGUCUUGAGGAUUGGAACUAAAUUUUGUUGGUUGAUUAUGACGUUACAUCAGAACACAAGAAUGCAUAUUAAGAAACAGCCACUGAUUAGCUUGUCAAGGUGUCCUUGAUUAGUGUCGAAGCAGAACUCGGCAGGACAAUGGCCCUUCAGGAACCCUGAUCUAGAUUACCUCAAGGUGAGAGUCAGCCCAAAUUCCCCUUCCAAGAUUGGCACCAACCCAGAGUCUUUUUCUGAGUCUGCUGAGUCCUUGCGUCUGUGGAACGGGACACCUCGAGAAACACUUUAGAACUCACACUGGAGAAAAACCACAUGGAUGCACCGAGUGUGGGAAGAGUUUCACACAAAAAGAAAGCCUCGCCAGACAUGCUGACAUCCACAAAGGACAAAAACCCUACACGUGUGAACACUGUGGAGAUCCUUUUGAUCAACAUGAAAGCCUUGAACUGCACAUGAGAGUUCACUCUGGAGGAAAACCCUUCACAUGCCCUGACUGUGGAAAAGGGCUCAACACAAAGGGACACUAUAAAGCCCACAUGAGAAUCCACUCUGGAGAGAAACUGUACUCAUGCCCUGAGUGUGGAAAGGGUUUCAAUCAUAACGGACACCUCAAGGACCACAUGAGAGUUCACUCUGGAGAAAAAUCCUACAAGUGCCCUCAGUGCGGACAGACUUUUUAUCAACAAAUCAACCUGAUUUCCCACAUAAGAUAUCACUCUGAGAAGUACUUUAAAAAAUAAUGUAGAGACUUUGAAGAUCAUAUUAAAGAUUUCUUAAGGACGUUCCAGGAGGAGCACCAGCUCUGCACAUUUUCCACGUCUUCUUAACCAAACACACCUGAUUCAGGUCAUCAGCUAAUUAGCAGAGACUGAUGACCUGUAAUGGGUGUUACACACUAAUGGCUCCAGCGUCAAUUGCACAUGUAUGCUUCACGUGGUCGCAUAGCCCUCACCGUCAUGACGUGCACCUCUCAAAAAAUGUAACUACACAUUGCAAAGAUGCGUAGCCAAGCUCUGUAAUUGGUCGACUUAGUAGCGCUGAUGAGUGUGGGCGGGAUUGAGAGCCGUGUGAACCAGUUGGAGCGAAUGUUUACAAGUGUGGAGUCCCGUGAAGGAGCUCCAGAUGAAAAACUUUGUUUUGUGUUUACCUUAGGAUUGAAGUUAUUGCACGUCUGCUGGUUGCCGCUUCUGAAUGAGCGAGUUUUAGCGUUUAGAAAAAACAAAACACCAGCGAAGAAACUCAUCCCAGAGGAACAUAAACACCCACCGCCAGCUAGCGUUUCGGAAGUGUUAUUGCGGGUAAACACAAACAGCGCAGAAGUACAGGCAAGGCAUGUGCUGUGCGUCACGCCGAUCACUCGAUGCAGAAGUGUAAACCAGACUUAAGGAGACAUCCAAAACAUGCAGUGUUGGUGGCAGUGGUGGAUUUAGACCUGGGCAAUAUGGGCGAUAGCCCAGGGCGUAUCUUGCUGUGCGACGGCAUGGGGAGAUUAAAAUGAGGCCAAGAAAAAAAAUGAGAUCUAUAAAAGCUUUGAGAUACCAUUUACUUUAUGUAAGUGUAUUAAUUUAUAGUGGUAAAUCAAGAAUAAAGAUGUUAUGUGCUGUUCAAAUUUGCAUGCCCAAGUUCGUUAUUCUUUAUGUGCAACCGAAACAAUGCUGGUGAAAGCAAACUGACGCCUGUGCACAGAAAACCCUUCCUGUGUGCCUCACGCUGCUCCUGCUCCUGCUCCCGGUGUGUUUACAUGCAUGGCGUUAAAAUACAUGCUGCUUAUGCGCUGUGAAACUGGAGUAACUUUUAUGCAAAGGUGUCGGAACGCAGCGAGUUUUGCAAGUCGACAAAACUAAAGUUAUAAUAUGAUGAGGAUCUUAUUUUGACUAUGCAUGGCUAUGAAGCAAAGAGAUGAGUCAGGGAGGUAUGAGGUUACUUACCUUAUUGUAUUAGAAGACUAUUGAUCAACAAGGGAAGCCUUCAGGUAUGGUACUCUACACGGCUUAAUAUGCACUUCUCACCAAAUCUAAUCCCAAAACAAACUUCCAAACCUGCUCAAAAAACAAUGUUCACUGCAGAUGAGUUUAUUAAAGUUAAAUGUCUAUU